AAAGUUCAGUUAAUUCCUGUCAGGCAAAUAAGCAACUACCUAUUGAUGCUGAACCGUUCAUUCAGGACAGGACCAGAGCAAGACUGUACACAAUGGCUACGACUGAAAAUGCAGAACCGGGUUCUCCAGACUACAAAAUGGAGCACAGAGGUGACUCGGAUGGCAGGUACCCUCUGAAAGUUCUCUACUGUGGAGUGUGCUCCUUGCCCACAGAGUACUGCGAGUACCUGCCUGAGCCCGCCAAGUGCAGGCAGUGGCUGGAGAAGAACUUUCCGGAAGUGUUCGCCAAGAUGACCCUCGGGAACGCUCCAAAGCAGGAGGUAGGAGGAGGAGGAGAGGCGCCCCCUGCUGGGGAGGAGGAAGAGAAGAAGAAACAAAAGAGGGGUGGCAGGGGUCAGAUCAAACAGAAGAAGAAGACCGUACCCCAGAGGGUAACAGUGGCCAAAAUCCCACGCGCCAAGAAGAAAUACGUGACCCGCGUGUGUGGGCUCAACACAUUCGAGAUCGACCUGAAAGAAGCUCAGAGGUUCUUUGCACAGAAGUUCUCGUGUGGAGCGUCUGUAAUGGCCGAGGAUGAGAUCAUCAUUCAGGGAGAUUUCACAGACGACAUCAUCGAUGUCAUUCAGGACAAGUGGCCCGAGGUGGACGAUGACAGCAUAGAGGACCUGGGAGAAGUGAAGAAGUGAAGAGGGAGACUGCACUUUUACAGACAAGAUGCCACAAGAUCCCACAAGACACCACAAAACCGGGAAUUACCCAGAAUGACCUGGCCAAAAAACGAGUGCAUUAAAAACUGCCUUUUCACCUUUUAUUUACUGUAUGGAAACCAUAGGCCUCAGAAGUCGUGUCGUCAUUCCCUUCGGGUUCGUUAGCAUUUUCGAGACUUCCGGUUCAAAAAAUAGACGCCCCUACGGGACAAAUGAAUGGCGAUUUCCGAAUUCCUUUAAAAUAAAUUAUGACAUUUGGACGUUUUUUUGUAUAUGAAAAAAUAAUGCUUUUUCCCCAUUUUUUAUAAUCUAAAAAAAUUGUGUCAUUUUAAAAAGCCAAUUGCUAACGGCUAAGUGGUUAGCGACCCCGAGAUGACUCAAGGCCUAUUGACUCUGCCCCCCAACCUGCAACCCCCCCCCCCCCCCCCCCACCAGUUCUGUAGUGCUGCUUCAUUCUCUGCUGCCAAAGGUGUGAUGUUUGAGUUCCUGUGAAAACGUUGCACUAAAGCAGUCUUUAGAAUAAUGAAUUCAAUGUUUUGGCCUCACUUUUAUUACUGAGUUUAUUUAAAAAAAACAAUUGACUCAGUGGAGCACUUUUCUUUAAAAUAAAUAAAUAAUGAUCUGUGCUGUC